AUGUCGGCACGCAACAAAGUGUGGUUCUACUUUGACGUUGUCUCGCCGUGGUCGUACGUUGGGUUCCAGGUGAUUCGACGCUAUCAGAAGCUGUGGAACCUCGAUGUGACGUACAAGCCGGUCAAUCUGGGCUAUGUCAUGAAGUUCUCGGGCAACAAGCCGCCCAUCACGGUGGCCAACAAAGGCGUUUGGAUGUGGCAGGAACGUGAUCGCGCCGCCAAAUUCUUCGGUGUCACGCUCAACCCGACCAAGACGUUCCCGAUCAACACGAUGUACCUCCAAACCUUCCUUUCGGAGCUCUCGCCCGCUGCCUCGCCUGCUGUGUUCGAGUCAGCCGUGGAAACAUGCUUCGCCGCGAUCUGGCACCACGACCUCCCCUGUGCGACGCGCGAGGAUCUCGAAGCCAUCUUUGCCAAAGCAGACCACUUCGGGCUGGGCAAGGACAAGGUAGGAGAAGUGCUGGAUACGAGCAUGUUGAAGGAGGCACGGACCAAGUUGCAGGAGGAGGCCAAGGUGUUGGUGGAGCAGCAUGGACUGUUUGGUAUGCCGAGCAUGGAGGUGGAGAGGGCCAAGGAUGGGGAGAAGGUGCUGUGGUUCGGAAGCGAUCGUUUCGAGCAGCUGGCUGCUUGGUUGGAGAAGCCUUACAAGGGGCCGUUUGCCGAUGGAAGCGUCGCGAAGCUCUGA